AUGGUUUCUCCGGUCAUUAGUUUCAUGGAUGCCAUCCGCAGUCGUUACGGCUCGCCGGACGACAGCGAAUUAUACGACGCGGAUGCCCUUCUCGUUGGGGACUCCAGUUGCCGGCGCAACAAGAAGUGGGAACUUGUCGGCAUGGAGAAAACGCGGAUGAAGCAGGCGGACCACACGCGACUCGUACACGUCGUUCUUCGUGGCAUGAACAUUACAGCUGCUGAGCGGGCAGAAGGUGAGUUGGCGGCGGCGGCGCUAAACCGCCUGCAGGAAGUUGACAUUUCUGAGAAUCCAUCGUUGUCCAUGCGGGAGAUAGGCAUAAUUGCCUGUCAUCUUCCCGCGCUCACAGUUUUGCAGCUGUCGGACAAUCCGGAUCUUCUCCUUUUUGAAGCUGCCUCGACAACAGUCACGCCAAUAAAACCACUACUGCUGUCUGCGCAGCUGCGGAAGUUGGUGCUUCACAAUGUGGGGUUGCGCUCCAUUUGGCAGCUUCGGGUACUUGUGGAUCUUCCAGCGCUUGAGGAGCUUCACCUUGAGAAGAACAACGUGCGCAGCCUAAAGCUGUUGACGGAAGCGGAGGAAGCAUCCACUCCCCAAAUUCAGGCAAAUGUGGAGAGUACUGGCAAUAGAAGUGACUGUUGGUUUCCUAACGUAACGACACUUAGCCUUGCACAAAAUGAGUUGGCGUCAUGGGGUCGUGAGAGUGGCCUCAAUGAGACUUUGACAACGGCAUUUCCACGAUUGACACGACUGUUUUUAACGGGAAACCGCAUGACCAACUUGUACGACGAUGACAUCACAGCAACAAACUCCAUCACCACCGCUGCUGCUGGCUGUGGCGAGUAUGCAUACCUUUGGCCCCUGGAGUUGCUCUGUGUGAACGACAACAAAACCAUCAAUGACCCACGUACGCUUGAAACGCUACGAAAAUUAUGUCCACAUCUUCACACUUUUCGCAUUACAUACAGCGCCAUGUUUCCACAGUGGAAUGAAUCACUUGGUCGCAUGUACGUUGUUGCGUCAUUGCCAGGCAUCACAACACUCAACCGGGGACAAGUGCGACCCAAGGAGCGAUUGGACUCGGAAAUUUUUUACGUACAGCGUGGACUAGCCGCCAAGCAGCAGGAGCAGAAGCAGCAGUCGGAAAAACAAGAGGAGUGGGUGCUACCGCAUUAUCCGCUUUUGGAAAUUCUGCAAGCAAAGCACAAGGAUGUCAUUAUGGCCAUUUACCGGGAAGGUGAGACGGCGAGUCACGACGGCAUUACGCACAUGAUGCUUCAUCUCAACAUUUGUUGUGAUGGCUUUGAGAACGUGAAAAAGACAGUGCCAAGUUCGAUGACUGUGGGGAAACUCAAGGCACUCAUACGUGCCGUUUUUGGCGUAGCCCCUUCGAAUCAACGAGUCUCUUUCUUUUCGGGUGAUGAUGCCGUAAUUGAACGCGCUACGGAGCUUGACAAUGAAUUGCAGAGCCUUGCAUUUUACGGUGUAUCUGACGGGGCGCUGGUGCGGGUGGUUGACACAUCUCUUCGGAGAUGA